AUGAGUGAAUCCGACGGCCAGCAGCGCAUGUCGCUGCUAGUAAGAAAUCUCAGCUACCAAACGAGCCCCGAGGCCGUGCGGAGCGCGUUUGCUGUUCACGGGUCCGUGAAAGACGUGUACUUGCCGCUGGACUACCACAGCCGCAUGCCGCGGGGCUUCGGCUUUGUGGAGUUUUGGCACAGAGAAGACGCGGAGAGGGCGCUGGAGAAGAUGGACGGCUUCGAGCUGGACGGGAAGGCCAUCGAGGUGGCCAUCGCGAAGAAGGGGCGCUCCGCGCCGCAGCAAAUGAAGCAGCGAGACGAAAGAGGCCGCCGCGAGGGCUCGCCGAGAGGCAGGCGCUACGAAGAUGAGCGGCGCUACUCGAGGAUGGACUCGCCCCCGCGGCGGGGGCGCUACGGGAGUCGGGAGCGGCGCGACUACAGAGACCGCGGCUGGUGGGGCGCCUACGAGCGCAGAGACAGAGAAGACAGCUACGCCCACAGGGGCUCGCGCGACGAGUACAGGGACUCCCGCAGGCGCGGGCAAGAGGAGCCGCAGCCGCACGCGGAGCCGUUCGCCCCGGCGGUCUCCGUCUUACAGCGGGGACUCGCGUUAGACUGGAUUUCUCUGCUGCUGCGCAGCAGCAGCAGUUUUGCUGCAGCGCAGUAG